ACGUUUACCGUAUUGCGGCGGCCGGUGUCGUACAUUUUGCAGAAUCACCAUGGCGUUGAAAGAGACUGCGGGUUUGUAUGAGACUCUCAAAAUCGAGUGGAACAAGAAAAACCCUAAUCUCAACAAAUGUGGAGAAAUUUUGAGCAGACUUAAGAUUUCAUUACUGGAGCUAAACUUUUUACCUACUGGUGGGUCAGCACUCGCAAAGCAGCAGCUUAUUUUAGCUCGAAACGUCCUGGAAAUUGGAGCUUUGUGGAGUAUCCUGAAGAAAGACAUCCCAUCCUUUGAGAGAUACAUGGCUCAGCUCAAAUGUUACUACUUUGACUACAAGGAUGAACUACCUGAAGCUGCCUACAUGCACCAGUUACUUGGACUGAAUCUGCUCUUCCUACUGUCACAGAAUCGUGUAUCUGAGUUUCACACAGAACUUGAAAGACUGAGUGCACGAGACAUUCAGACCAACGUAUAUAUCAGACACCCAGUUUCAUUAGAGCAGUAUCUCAUGGAGGGAAGCUAUAACAAAGUAUUUCUCGCCAAAGGCAACAUUCCUGCUGAGAGCUACACCUUUUUUAUAGAUAUUCUACUUGAUACAAUUCGUGAUGAGAUUGCAGGUUGCAUUGAGAAAGCCUAUGAGCAGAUUCAGUUCAGCGAAGCCACCCGUGUACUUUUCUUCAGUUCUCCAAAAAAGAUGACUGACUAUGCCAAGAAGCGAGGAUGGCGUCUGAGCGCAGAUGGCUAUUACUCUUUCACCAGUCAACAGCAGCGGACAGAAGAGGUGACCAUCCCCUCCACAGAGCUGGCACAACAGGUCAUCGAAUAUGCACGACACCUGGAAAUGAUUGUGUAAUCUGCCCCCAGGAAGACACGCAGCCAUGUACAGGCGCACUCAGACAGACACACACACACACACAGCUGAUCCGGCACUCGUCCUGAGGGACCGGCUCAUUUGUCAUUCCUGUGUUGCUUAAUUGUUCAGGUUAUCUGCAGUUAACUUCACUGUUGGCAAUUUGAUUACAUUCUGUAUGGUGAGAAGUUAACCUAAAAAUAGUCUGCCAUCUGUAUCUGCAUUUAUUAAAUAAAUAUAAGUAUCCUGUCAGGUUUAACACAAGAGCUGAAUUACUUUAUUCAAACUGUUUUGUUCAGCAUUGAGAAAUGGGUUGUUUCUAUUUGGUGUCAGAAAAAUGAGAACUUUGCGUCCAUUUAAACUGGAGAAAAAUUUAGUACAGUUGCCAUCCUGCAAGUUUUCCUUUCAGUCUCUCACACACAACUAUGACAACACCUCAACGUUUCCCCCCUAAUUUAAGCAAACUGUUUUGUAUACAAAUUUCAUUUUCUUUUUAGUGGAGCUGACAGAAGUGUAUUGCCCUUGCCUUGUAUCCUAGCAACUGACAGAAAUGCCAUUGAAGUUUGAGUGUUUCUAAAUGGCAGUGCCACUUCCUCCCUAGAUGGUUUGUAAUCUAUUUGAUCUGAAAAUGCAAAUCUUUGUCUGCAAUAAAUGAUCAAGACAAAUAAACUUCUUUUUUUUUUCCUUUCAAA